CUGCAUUUGUGCUGUGAGUGCAAAUAUUGUUCAUCUGUGCAUACACUGACUGUAUACACAAUCUAAGAUGAGCUCCAUAGAAGUACAAGGCAAUAAGCCUCAUGCUGUAUGCAUUCCCUUUCCAAUUCAAAGCCAUAUAAAGGCAAUGCUGAAAUUAGCAAAGCUCCUACACCAUAGAGGUUUUCAUAUAACCUUUGUUAACACAGAGUUCAACCACCGCCGCUUUCUUAAAUCUCUUGGACCUAACUCCCUCAAUGGCUUGCCUGAUUUUCAAUUCGAAACUAUUCCAGAUGGUCUUCCAGCUUCAGAUGAGGAUGCCGGCCAAAACGCCUAUUUGCUUUGUGAUUCCAUCAGAAAAAAUUUCUUGGCAGUAUUUCGUAACCUCCUUUUAAAACUCAAUGACAUGGCAACUUCUAACAAUAUUAGUAAUCCUCCAGUGACUUGCAUUGUUUCAGAUGGUUUCAUGACUUUCAGCAUCACAGCUGCUGAAGAACUUGGAAUCCCUGUUGCACUGUUCUUUACUAUUGCUGCAAUUGGAUUCAUGGGCUUUAAGCAAUAUCCCACUUUGGUAGAGAAAGGACUUGCCCCACUCAAAGAGGAGAGCUAUUUAACAAAUGGCUUUUUGGACCAGGUCAUAGAUUGGGUUCCCGGAACGAAAGCUAUUCGUUUAAAGGAUCUCCCAAAUUACUUUCAAACUACAAACCCCAAUGACAUCUUGUUCAAGUUAAUCUUGGAAGCAAUGUACAGAGUUGAUAAAGCUUCAGCAGUUGUUCUUCAUACUUUUGAUGAGUUGGAGGCAGAUGCUUUGCAUGCUCUCUCAUCAAUGCCUCCACCUGUUUAUACCAUUGGCCCUCUCCAGUUACUUCUCAAUCAGAUACCACAACACCCUUUGAAGUCCAUGGGAUAUAGUCUAUGGAAAGAAGAAACUGAAUGGUUCCAAUGGCUCAAUGCUAAGGUGCCAAACUCAGUUGUUUAUGUAAACUUUGGCAGCAUAGUGGUCAUAAAGUCAGAAGAUCUUAUUGAGUUUUGUUGGGGACUUGCAAAUAGCAAGCUUCCCUUCUUCUGGGUAGUUAGACCUGAUCUGUUAGUUGGUGAAUCGGCGAUUUUGCCACCUGAGUUUGUAGCUGAAACUAAGGGAAGAGGUUUGGUAGCAAGCUGGUGCCCACAAGAGCAAGUCCUUAGCCACCCAUCCAUUGGAGGAUUCUUAACACACAGUGGUUGGAACUCAACCAUUGAGAGUCUUUCUGCAGGAGUUCCUAUGCUUUGUUGGCCAUUCUUUGCCGAACAGCGAAUAAAUUGUGUCUAUACUUGCAAUGAAUGGGGCAUUGGCUUGGAGAUCAAUAAUGAUGCCAAGAGACACCAAGUAGAGAAGCUCAUUAAAGAGUUAGUGGAGGGAGAGAAGGGUAAGAAAAUGAGAACUAAGGCUAUGGAGUGGAAGAAACUAGCAGAGAAGGCCAUCAGUCCUGAUGGUUCUUCAUACUCAAACUUAGACAAUUUAGUGAAUCAAGUUCUAUUAAGAAAAGCCAGGUGCUGUCCAUAUGAGCCUUCUUAUUAGGUUUGUUGUUGUUCUUAAUAACCUACAAAAUGUAGAGCCUAGAGUCUAUUGAGCCUUGCUACCAUCUCUAAUUUCUUGCUUUGCUGUAAGCUAGUUAUAAUAUGAAACUUAUUAAACAAAAAAUUAUG